AUGGAGUCGAAAUCUUUACGAUCUUACUUUAACACAAGUUUGAAAUGUUACAACUUGUACGGUUUGACUUCAAACAGCCCUCGAAUUCGGAAAUUUUUUUCGACUUAUGUUCUCUACCCCUUAAUGCUCAGCUUAUAUGCCAUGGUUUUGUACAAUCUGCGCUUCAAACACCGCCACAUUUUUGAGUUUGCUGAAGUUUCAGUUUCAGCCACGACUUUCGGAAAUAUUUUGAUCAGGAAAAGUCUGGUCGUUUUCAGCGGCUCUUUGAACGAAAAUGUUAUCGACAAGCAUGACAAAUUUUGGAAAUACAAUUCUUUUACUAAAACUGUCGCAGAUAAAUGCUACCGAAAUAUGGAUCUUUGUCAAUUGUUGAUAAACAUGAUCAUGUUUGGCACCACGAUUUCCAUUGUAGUUCAUUGCAGUUUGCCUUUUUUUUUCAAAGAUUUAUUGCUACCACAGUCUAGUUGGAUUCCUGGAAACAGUUCCAUCGCCAGAAUUGUCCUCUACAUCAUGGAAGUUAUUGUUUACAUCGAAUGUCUCAUUCUUAUGGAGAUGUUUGAUGCGUUUUAUCUGCUAAUGACCGUUAAUCUUAAAGUACAAUUUAUGCUUUUGCGUACAGCUAUUGAAUCGAUUAGUGUUGAGAAAGAAGGUGAAGAAAAGUCGUGGCAAAAACUGAAAGAUUUCUGCAAGUACCACAAAUUUUUGUUGAGCAUGCAUAAAACUAUAAACAAAAUGUACUCACAAUUUUUUCUUUAUCAAUAUUUGCUUACAAUUUGGGGGACUUGCACAACGUUGUUUGUCAUCUACAGCAAAUCUUCGACUCUUGCUCAAAUCACUGAAAGCGUAUUUAUCGGUUCGAUAAUAAACACUUUGCUCAUUAUCAUUUUUAUCCCUGCCAGCGACAUAGAAAUCGAAGCUGAAAAAGUUGCAUUUGCGAUUUAUGGAAUUGAUUGGUACAACAGCAAGAAUAUACAAAUUCAAAAAUUUGUGUUAUUUUGGCUAAUGCAUGCCCAGACUCCUGUACAAAUGUCAGGGGCUGGAAUGUUAAAUAUAACUAGGUCUCAAAUGCUUCAAAUCCAACGUAUUGGAUAUUCUUUGUCAACAUUACUAUCUAAGCUGUCGUAAUUUGUCUCAACAAUUUAGAAUUUUCUAGUUUUUGUAAUGUAGGUACUAGAAAGAGUUAAUGUUGUAGUUCUC